GAGAAAGGAAACAAGACUCAAUAGACAUAACAUGGCGGAUAGACUGAAUUGGUUGAAUGACUUGAGUUUGGGGAAAAGGGCUCUACUUUUCAUUGGGUCUGGGGCUGUGGUCGCAGGUGUGGUGUACGCUGUCCUCAGACACAGAAGAAAGUCAAUAGAAGGCCAAAGCCGUGAUAUGGCCAUUCAGGAGGAAGCGCAAACGCCUCAGGAUCUGCCUGAGAAGCGCAUUCUGGUCCUGGGUCUUGAUAACUCUGGUAAGAGUAGCCUGCUACGCUGUCUGACACAUUCUGAACACACCGGGCCUCCAGAUCCCACAGAAGGCUUCAACGUGAUGUGUGUACAGACGCAGAAUGUGACACUCAACAUAUGGGAAGUCGGUGGCCAACAGAGUGUGCGUUCCUACUGGGAAAACUUUGUCAAGGGCACAGACGUCUUGGUGUUUGUUGUGGAUGCAGUGGACCAGGCACGCUUCCCAGAGGCCAAGGAGGAACUCCACAAGCUGCUAGCGGAUGAAAGGCUGAAAAAUGUACCCCUGGUGCUCAUUGCCAAUAAACAGGAUCAAGCAGCAGCCAAGAGAGGAGCUGAUUUCAUCUCAGCACUCACUCCGUCCGUCCCAUCUCAGGAGCGCGAAGUUCACGUGGUGGAGACGCAAACAGUACUAAAUGCAGGUAGUGACAACAUUCAGCAGAUCAUGGAUCUAAUGGUUUCGCUGAGCAGAGACUGAUCCCCGAGCAUUCUAACUCUGUGUUCUCUAAGAGGGUUGUGAGAGUGCUGUUUUUCCUGCUAAAACAAUACACAGCCCUAAUAAUGUUUUGUCACCAUGCCAAGAAAUGUUAAACUCUUCUGCAUAUUUUGGUUUACAUAACGUGUGUCACAUUUUAAUUUCCAUUAAAGAAGUGAUGACCUUAUCGGCCUCUGAUCGUUAAAUCUAUGUAGAAAUGGGAAGAUUUAAGAUUUGGAGUUUGUGUUCUUGAGAGAGUAUCCCUCGGGUUUUGCAAAACAUGCCCUUCUCUGCCUGCUCUGCUGCACAGCUAAAUUUUCAUCCUGUGGUGAAGAGUGGCGUCCACGUUUAAUCCUACUUGCUUGACUGGUAUGAAGUCAUGCAGACUUAGAAUUCACCAUAGAACUGAAGACUUUGAUGGUAGGUGUGAGUUAGAGCAGGUGUCUUAAUUCUUGAAUAGAUGCUUGCAAUAGGUAAAAUAUUCACAAGUGCUGUCAACAUCUUAGCAUCUUUCUGUGUACAUUUUGUUCUUCCGUGAAGUUCAGUUAGUGCAUUUUUGUAUAUUUUGAGGUUUUUGUAUUUAAAUUUUUGUUCCAUUGGCACUCAGAUGCGGAUUUCUGUUUCAGAGUUUCAACGUCAAAUGUGAACAUAACUUAAGCCGUGCAUCGUUGCUAGCUGUACCUUUUAGAUAAAAGCUAAAUACCGCAGAUAAAAUGUUGAAAGACUAUGGUCCUUGCUCAAUGGUUUAAGUCCAGGUGGACGUUGCAUGUACCUCAAAUUACCCACCAUUAGCCAAGCCUUAGUACAUGGUUACAUGUGCAUGUACAUCUAUUGCAUUUUUAUUCUUCCAGAAAACAACAACUGGCAGAAAAUAAUCAAACUAACCUAAUUGAAAACAUACAGUUCAAACAACAACUGGCAGAAAACAAUCAAACCAACCUAAUUGAAAACAUACAGUUCAAACAACAACUGGCAGAAAACAAUCAAACAAACCUAAUUGAAAACAUACAGUUCACACUUCCCAGGUUCAAACUGCACGGGCAGGUGUGUCAGUCAGUUGGGGAGUCCAAGCCCUGCCACUAAUACUUUACUUGGGUAUUGAUGUCCAGAUUUGUUGAACGUACUCUAAAGCCAGUAAAAGUGACAGUAUAAGUUCUAUUCCAUUAUCAAUUUUAUUGAUAGUACUUCUGAAGUUCAGAUCUGAAUUUUAGUUUACAAUUACCAAUGUUUUAGUUGGCCGUAAAGAGUGGUGGGCUUUGUCUAGAGGGCAGUUCUGAUCUUGAAGUCACGUGCAAAAGACUCAAGUUGUUUAAGUGUGAUUUUUUAAAAUUUGUAUUGAUGUUUAAAAAAUGUUAAGAGUCGAAAACAUGAUAGAAUGCUGUAAAUGAAUGUGAUGGUAGGAACACACUAGACUUGAACAGAGGUGCUGCUGAUGAGUCAUUUGUUUUUGGUCACACAGAAUUGUGACUUUUUCUGUCAACUUUUGCGGCUCAAAGAAAGUCGUCAAUAUUAUUAUUAUUAUUAAACUAGAUACAUUAGGUGAAAAGGAAAAGUGGAAAGACCAGAAGUUGCUACAAUCAACCCCUAAACACCUAAAGCGUCGACAAGGACAAGACAACAACAAAAAAAGAACAGGAAACAAGUGAAUAAGUCAAAUGGAUAUAAGAUACAUGUUGGCCUUAGACUUAAAGGUAUGCAUGCUAUCAGCUGCACAAGUAUCACCAUCUAAGGAAUUCCACAGGCGAACAAGAAACAAGGCAAGAAACAGCGUUGAAAUUGGCUAAUGUGACACUUCAAUACAGAUGAAAGUGUUAACUAUGAAGAUUUCAGUUUCUACUUGUGGAAUUUUUUUUCUUUUUUAUGACCAAAUAUAUUGGAAAUGUAGCUGUCUCCCAAUAUUUUGUUGACAUGCUACACAUUGAAGCUCAUGUGGUGGUUUAUCUUUCAACCACUGUCUCAUAUACACCAUACAUCCUCCCAAACUGGUCUUUCCAGUGUUUCAAAACUUCACAUUUUUAUUGUCAACAUAGCAGGUGCAGUGAAUCAAAUGAAAUGUGCCAACAUGGUGGUAAGAGGUGCUAAUCUUAUGUCGUUGGUCAAAUGAAAGAACUAAUUUCAUUUACAUAUGUACGUUCUCUAUGGUUGGCCGUUCACGAUUUUUGUGAUGUACCAAACAGAGAAGCAAUGUUUUGUAACAUCUAAGUCUUACCAUAGAGUAGCUCUAUGCUCUUACAGACCCAGUCUUGUACAUGUAUACAGGGUUAUCCAAUUCAUACCCCCUUAACUAUUCUAGAGCAUUUUUUAUCAAUUGCAAAAGUAUUAGGAAAGAUUUUAAGUGUGUCAUAGCUGCUUUUUCCUACAGUUCCUACUUUUUAGGGGUUUUCCCGAAUAAUGUGUGAACAUUUAUUCAGAAUUUCAUGAGAGAUUGAUUUAUUUGUAAAUACCCGUAGGUGUUUUGGAAUUGAGAUAUAUAUGUCAGUUUUAAAUGCACUUAUUCGUCUUUCCUCUGAGAGUUUCAGGAAUAGCAGUGCAUUGUGCACACACUUAUAUGCAGUCACAUUUCAAUGCACUUUACCCCUUAAGCUGUACAAGCCUUAUUCUAAGAGAUCCCUGCAGACACUGUCAACCGGACCCAUACUCUCCUCUUUAGUCUUACUCCAAGUCUAUGAAAUAAUGUGAGACUACUUUUACAUGUGUUUGUAUUAUGUGAGCAAAAGCACUAUGUCAUGUAAACAAAUUUUAUACAUGUGGUACAAAUCAGAACAUGUAAAAAUGUAUUGCUUUGACACCUUAAGGCCAAGUAUACUGUGUGACUGUAGGCCAAGCCACCAAAAUAUACGUUAAUGGAUACAGUAAAAAGGAAUAAACUGUCCAGCACUUUAAAA